AUGGAUCACUUCGCCAUUCUCGUACCUCCCAUACUCCUUGCAAUCACCAUCAUAUGUGCGCAAGAAGCGUGGAGGACGCGUAACGGGCCAAAGGGCUACCGGCGGUUGACGCUCCAGGGCUCAUCCAACAUGGCUGACGAAUACGACGAAAAAUACACUCGGCCUCCCGGGUCGCCACCUCAAUCUGGGUGGAAAGUCAAGGCUUUGCUCAUACAUCCCAUCAAGUCCUGUGCUCCUGUGGAAUUGGAUGUGGCCGAUGUCGACGGCGCGGGCUUCGUGUGGGAUAGAAAGUUUGCAUUCGCCGAACUAGUGACACCUCAAACCCGGCUCGAUGCCUCGGAGGCAGAGAAACAACCCAGAUGGACCUUUAGGACCCAACGUCAGCCUGGCCUCGAGAAGCUCGCCCGCGUAAGACCAGAGAUCUGGCUGCCUGAACUAGUUGCUGCCAGAUCGUCCCCUUUGGACGGAGGAUUUAUGGUUGUGAGAUAUCCCCGUGUUCCGUCGGGGCCAUUUUCUGGACUCUUCAAGCUGCUGAUUUCGCUGGGACUCCUGUCUCCGGAGAAAUCGUUCAUGGUACCGCUGGUUCCUCCGGAGAACCACAAAUAUCCCGUGGAGCAGGUGACCAUAUGGCGGGAUAGUCCCACGUGGCUCAAUCUUUCGGUCCAUGUUCCCGAUGACUUGCGCACCUACCUUGGCGUAACCAAUCCCUUCACACUGUUCAGGGUCGACCCCAAGAGCUACAGAGAAGUAUACAGAUGUGCUCCCAGGAAAGAUGAGCUAGGUUAUCAGUCGGUGGUAGGGUUUGCUGACGCCUAUCCGGUGCAUCUCUUGAACAUUGCUUCGGUCCGAGACCUCGCUGGCAGAGUCAAGAAAGACAUUCCACACUUUUCGGCGAGAAGAUUCCGAGCCAACAUUUUGGUCUCCGGCCCAAGCGCAUACGAUGAGGAUGACUGGAAGAAGAUCAAGAUGGGUGAUCAUGUCUUCUUCUGUGCCUGUCACACUGUCCGAUGCAGAUUACCCAAUGUCGAUCCCGACACGGCGCAACGCCAUGCAGUCGAGCCAGACAAGACGCUAAAGUCAUUCCGAUGUAUCGACGACGGCGACCCUCUCAACGCUUGUUUGGGGUUGCAGUUGGUACCGGCGGAAUCCAAUACGUUCCAGAUCCGGGUUGGGGACGAGAUCCAAGUCUUGGGAAGGGGUGAACAUCAUUACAUCAAACAGUGA